AGCCUUCCCAAAUUUUCUCCUUUUGCAGCUCGAAACCAAAACAUCUAUCUAUAGUAGGCAAAGGAGUACAGGGGGAAAGAUGUUUAACUCGGUAAAUCUGAGCAACUUCUGCUCCCAGACACGUAAAGACCGGACAUCUGAGUUCGGGGACAGGACGGGCUGUGCCUCCAAUAUCUACCUCCCCAGCUGCACCUACUACGUCCCAGAAUUUUCAACCGUUUCUUCGUUUCUUCCGCAGGGGCCUUCGCGGCAAAUUACAUACCCCUACACUACAAAUUUGUCUCAAGUGCAACCGGUACGAGAUGUUUCCUACGGCCUGGAUCCAUCCAGCAAGUGGCACCACAGAACUAACUACGCGACGUGCUACUCCGGAGAGGAUCUGGUGCACAGGGAUUGUCUUCCGCCAUCCACCAUGACAGAAAUGCUCAUGAAAAACGAGAGCGUGUACAGCCACCACCACCAUCACCACCAUCCUAGCUCUAACCACCCAUCUACUGGUUUCUAUUCCAGUGUCGGGAAAAACAACGUGCUGCCUCAAGGUUUUGAUCGCUUUUUUGAAUCGGCGUAUUGUGGCGCUGACAACCAGUCAGACCAUUGUUUACAAAAGAGCGAGACGACUAAACUAGAGAGCACGUCCCAGCAGCCCAGCGCAGUUUCGGGGGUGGAAGAGCCAGAAAAGGACGCCGAGGACGAAGAAGAACGAACAAAUUCGGGCUCAUGUAGCUCCUCAGGCACAAAGGAGAGCAACGCAAGCAAAAUCAACCAUUCGAGUGCCCCCCGCACGAGGAAGAAGAGAUGUCCAUACUCCAAGUUUCAGAUUCGCGAACUGGAACGAGAGUUUUUCUUUAACGUUUACAUCAACAAGGAGAAAAGGCUGCAGCUCUCCAGAAUGCUAAACCUUACUGACAGACAAGUGAAAAUAUGGUUUCAAAAUCGCAGAAUGAAAGAAAAGAAAUUAAGCAGAGACCGCUUGCAGUAUUUCUCUGGGAACCCACUGUUGUAAACAAUGGACUUAUUUCAGUAGGCCAAGGUUGAUUUUACUUGAUAUUUCCGAAAACUUUGGAUAUUCCAUAAUUCUAUGAACUAUUGAUCAUUUAUCUCGAUGAAGCCGACAUUUCUGACUAAAUUCGCAUGGAUUUAAAAAAAAAAUAUUUUUUUGUAAUGGCAGAGAAAAGGCGUCUUGGGACGAUAAUUAUGGAGUUUUGAAUUCAAGCCUUUGUAGUUAAAAAUCCAAGUUCAGAUUUACUAUUCACAAGGUUUUUGAGGAAAAUCACAGGCUACACUGAAAUCUUUGUAGAUAUCUUAUUCACAAUACAACCUUAAUGACUAGUUGCUGUAAAUAUGUAACAAAACAAGUCGAACUGAAGUCGGAGUCGUCGUACAAUAUCUUGUAUUUUUCUUUUCUUUUCUUUCUUUUUUUUAACAUUUUCGUCAUUUUAAACUGUGACUUGUACAAUCUGUAAUAAUGUAUUCCUUGUACAGAGACUAUGCAACGUGCAUUUGUGAUUGUAAAUAUAGCAAAUAUUAAGUUCACUUUCCCUAACAUUGCUGCUAUUUUCUUUAUAUUGCCCGAGCAGUUCUCGCGCGCUUUAGCCUAGGACCCAUGUUCCUUUCUUUAACUUAUUUGCUUUAUGUUAAGCUCAGUGUUCUUUUGUCAGAGAUCGCAAAGAUUACAUUUGGACUGUGUAUGAUAUAUGGUAUACCGCAUAUGAAAUAAAUAUAUACAAUGUAAAAGGCAUUUAGAAGUGAAUCCUGCCUCAGUUUCAGACAGUGAGCCAGACGAAAAACUUCAGCAUGUACGAUUAAACGUUUCAGUAAUUUAACUGGUUAACAGUGCUGAAGAAACUGAAAUCAUCUGAAAGAACCAUUUACAGUCUCAUAAUAAAAUCUACUCAGAGAAGCCUUUUGAUGAAUUUAACUAGCAUAUAUCAAAACAAAUCAUUUACUUUACUCGAAUCAUAGGUGCGAAUG